AUGGCGCCAACGGUUCUUUCCGCCUCAAAUGCCUCCAGCGACGGGUCGGGGAGCCGGUACCAGGGAAAUGCCGUUCGUGUUCCGGAGAGACGGAGCGGGUUUGCCCCGCAGUUUUUCGAUCUUCGCGCGGAUGAUUCUGUCCAGGAUCAUCUCAACUCGCCCAGCGCCACACCUGACAUCUACGAUGUUGACUGGCAGAACACCCACAGUCCACAUGCACUGCCUUCGGAAGCCGCGGAGGACAAUGAUUUAGGCCAGGGGUUCCCAUCGUCGUCCGAAGGGCUAGGGACCACGACUGUUGAGGACGACGAAUCUGGAACGAAUGCAUUGCUGUCAAACAUCAGUAUGCUGACAACUGACACUGUCAGCAUGGAGGCGCUUCUGGCGUCCCCUCGUAUUUUUUCCUGUAUGACCAAACUCACAGUUAUCAGCUACGAAGGCCUGCAGCUGCAAGGGCGGGAUCUCGCUUCCUUAGGGUGUAUUCCGUCCCUCAGGCAGUUGAAGCUGAGGAAAUGUGGCAUCAAAAAUCUUGAUUUCUUGGUUUCUUUUGUAGGCCGCUCCCCCGUAGAAGAGGUCGAUGUGGCCGCUAACGACAUCAGUUCACUCCCACCUAGAUCAUCGUUUGCUCGGGCCACUCUUCCGCGUUGCUUUGGGCAGUUGACAGAUUGGUCGCACAUGGCUGAGCAAAGGAUGGAGAAAUUCCCUUCUUCUCUGCGUACUUUGGAUCUUUCCUACAACAGGAUUACAGACAUGAGAUCUUUAGAGGCCCUUGCCGAGUUCCCCAACCUCCAUGUUGUUCGACUGAACGGGAAUGAUAUGAGUAAAUGCUUGGAAACAGAUGCUUCCCUUGCCAGAAACCUGGCAGAGUGGCCCCGUUGUAGGAGCAAGAGUCGGCUGUCACACGCUGGCGAUGACGGCUGCCUUACAUCAGAAGUUGUAUCGCCAACAGACAAAACAAACCGCCACCGCUCAACUGAGCUUCAAACAGCGCUCCAGAAGAUCGUCUGCGAAAAUGAGACCCUGUAUGAACAGCUUCAAGCUGCACGUCUUGCCUUGGCUGCGGGGCAAGAGACAUCUGCGAGUGGCGCGGAAAGAAGCCCGCGAACCUCCGGUGCAGCAGGAGCAGUGAUAAAGCGUGAUACUCAGAGGGAACACCACGCCAGAACCUGGGCCAUUCCUCGCCUUCUUCCAGCUACACGAUCUCUACAAGGUGAGACAGAACGCGUACGCGAUAGUCACGGACGAUCUCUUCGAAAUACUGGGCAGCUGGAUGCCGCAUCAAACGGAUAUUCCGUCAUCGCUGCACAUCCGGAGGACACCUCUGCCGAAGAGCAGACCCCGGCCCUGCUGCCACGACUUGACAGGGCUCGACGGGCAUUCAUCAACGGGCUGUACCGCGUAGGCGAGGCCGACGAGGCGAGUAGCCUCUAUUAUUGGACGGCAGCAGCCAUGACCCAGCUGGAAAACAUGAGACUUAUUUUACCACCCGUCCAGAUUCCGGGGGCAACACCAGAGACGAAUCGGGUUCUGCAGACGCUUCUGCGUCUUCACUACCUCGAGAAGCUUCUCAUACGCCGGUUUCUCGAGGAGGCACACCAGUACUUGAGAAGUGCCGCAGCGUUGGCGGACGCGCAGCGACGCCUGCAUGCCAUUGAUGCAGAGAUUUCCUCAGUGGUCAGCGCGGUGAAGUAUUUCGGAGGAGCACCUUCCCCUCGCCACUCGCCCGGGAGUGUAAGCGAACAGAAGAUUGGGAAGUCUGCAUUCAAACCCAAUCGCUCAAAGUCUCUCGCGAGAUGA